AUGAUUACAGAUAGAGUUAUUAAUCCAUCACAAGUAUGCGAAAAAGAUGUCUUCGAAGAGGAAGCCUGUAAGGCAAAUGUGAUACAAGAUCAAAUUGAAUACAUUAGAGAAAUGUUGGGUACCAUAGGAGAAGGUCGUACAAAUGUGUCGCCUUAUGAAACAGCAUGGGUUGCUCUUGUUCCAGCUCUUAAUGGAGAUGAUAUGCCCCAGUUUCCCGACAGUCUUCAAUGGAUUGCAGAUCAUCAACUUCCUGAUGCAUGUGUAGUCGCACUGAGAACUUGGAACAUUCAUCACAGCAAGAGUGAAAAAGGAAUAACAUUUAUCAAGGAAAACAUACAAAAACUUCAAGAUGAAAAUGAGGAUCAUAUGCCUUGUGGAUUUGAAGUCGUAUUUCCGGCGCUUCUACAAAAAGCCCAAAACUUGGGCAUUGACAACAUUCCUUAUGAUGUUCCUAUCUUAAAGGAGAUUUAUGCAGCAAGAGAUAGAAAGUUGAAAAGGAUACCAAAGGACCUUGUGCACAAUGUACCAACAUCUCUACUGUAUAGUCUGGAAGGAUUAAAAGAUUUGGACUGGGAAAAACUCUUGAAGUUGCAAACGCCAUUAGGGUCCUUCUUAACAUCUCCAGCCUCAACUGCAUUUGCACUUAUGCAGACUAAAGAUGAAAAAUGCUUCAGAUAUUUGGACGAUAUCGUUAAGGAAUUUCAAGGAGGAGCGCCUGCUGCGUACCCAUCUGAUUUGUUUGCAAGGCUCUGGGCCAUUGAUCGAGUACAACGGCUAGGAAUUUCCCGCUUCUUCACGACUCAGAUUAAGGAUUGUUUAGAUCAUGUCUACAGGUAUUGGUCAGAAGAUGGAAUCUUUGGUGGAAGGUUGGCAAGAUUUUCUGAUGUUGAUGUCACAUCCAUGGGAUUUAGGUUUCUAAGAUUGCAUGGAUACAACGUUACACUUGAUGUGUUGAAUCAGUUCAAGAACAACGACAAAUUUUCUUGUUUUGUCUAUCAAAUGAUUGAGUCAACAACCCCAAUAUACAAUCUCUAUAGAGCCUCACAAGUUCAAUUUCACGGAGAAAAAAUUUUAGAAGAAGCUAAGGAAUUCUCUUAUAGUUUUUUACAAGAAAGACUAGCAUCCGAUAAAUUUCUAGAUAAAUGGGUAAUAUCGAAGCACAUUCAUGACGAGAUAAGGAAAGGAUUGGAAAUGCCGUGGUAUGCCAGCCUACCUAGUGCGGAGGCUAAAUAUUAUAUAGAGCAUUAUGGUGGUGAGGAUGAUGUAUGGAUUAGCAAGACAUUUUAG